GGACUUUCGAGAUGGGAAAGCCCAUUUGGACGCGCGACCAAGUGGCACAGCGCAUCCUUGCCGGCGAAACGCUAAUUAUACUCCAGAGCAAAGUGAUCCGCGUCCCACCAUCCUGGCUCAGUGCACACCCCGGAGGCUCGCUCGCUAUCCUGCACUUCGUCGGUCGGAAUGCAACGGAUGAGGUCGAUGCGUUCCAUUCGGAAGAAGCUUUGCGCAGGAUUAGGGGCUACGAGGUUGCAGAGGUGGAAAUCGGAGAACACGGCUGGGAACCAUUCCUCCCGCCGGUGAUGAGUGGCUGGGUGAGACAGGGCGACAAGGGCGGGACGAUGCAAUGGCACCGCGAGGCGACAACUCUGCGACCCCUUACAGAGGAAUUGUCGGAGACAAGUCCACAUUCCCAAAUUCUACUCGUCCGUAGGGGAGAGCUGGAAACGCAGCCCGGACCAACUCUCGAGACGCUUCAGCCCGGACCCUCUACCCUGUCCCCAAAAGUGCAGGCCGAGCAUUCAAGAGCCUAUAGGGAGCUUCAUCAACAGGUCAUCGAUGCAGGACUCUACAAGACCCGUUAUAUCGGUGGCUACGGUCCUGAAAUCGUCCGUUAUAUUACCUUCGUCGUUCUCGCGGUGUUGUUCUACUGCAAGUCAUGGUUCCUGACGAGCGCAUUCUUCCUUGGUCUCUACUGGCACCAAGUUACAUUUACCGUGCACGAUCUCGGGCACCUCGGCGUCACGCACAACUGGACAAUCGACCGCGUUAUUGCCAUCCUGCUCGCGGAUCUCUCGGGUGGGUUGAGUGUGGGGUGGUGGGUCGAUAAUCAUAAUGUUCAUCACCUUGUUCCCAAUCAUCCCACACACGAUCCGGACAUCCAGCAUCUCCCUUUCUUCGCCAUCUCACCGGUUUUUCUUACAUCACUGUGGUCAUCGUACUACAAACGCGUCAUGGCCUUUGACGCGGUCGCAAAAGUACUUAUCACCGUGCAACAUAGACUUUUCUAUGUUAUCAUGGCUCUGGCCAGGUUCAACCUCUACGCCAAUUCCUACAGCUUUUUGGUGAAGACGGCUUUCCAGCCUUCCCGCGCGAAGGGCGGCAGAUGGUGGUGGUGGUCAGAGGUGGCUUGCAUCGGCUUGUUCUAUUGUUGGUACAUCAGGGUUCUCAAGAGCUGUGGUUCAUGGCCGAUGGCUCUGGGAUAUCUGCUCAUCAGCAACGUCGUGCCCAGUCCGCUUCAUGUGCAAAUCGUGCUGUCGCACUUCUCUCGUUCAACGGUAGAUUUGGGUGUCAAGGAAUCAUUCCUGGCUCGCCAGCUACGAACAACCGUGGAUGUCAUCUGCUCGCCGUCUAUUGAAUGGAUUCACGGAGGCCUGCACCUGCAAGUCACCCAUCACCUCUUCCCUCGCCUCCCGCGCCAUAACCUUCGCGCCGCCAGCGCGAUUGUGAAGGAAUAUGCUGAAGAGCAGAGCCUCGAGUAUGCAGAGUUUGGCUUCUUCGACGGCAAUAAGGAAGUUUGCGGCGUCCUGAAGCAGGUGGCGGAGCAAGCGAAGAUCGUUGGAAUGGUCGCGAAUGCACAUAUCAAGGAACACUUGGAAGGAUCCUUACAGUGAAUCUCUUGUAUGCAAUCAUAGAAAUACACUGCACUCCUCAUUGAGGCCGUGAUGGAAGAGCACAGGCAGCUUUUACCCAGUAUGACAUCGACAUACAAGGUUGCAAACGAAUAGAGGCAUCCAGGUAAGACCGAGGCCCAAAAGUCGUAGCACAGAGCAUGGGAUGCAGCCCCGGGCGUACCCAGUUUUGAAUACAUAGAACGCAGAAAACAUAGUGCAAAAAAGAGAAGACAACAGCCAGGUAGGUGUUUAUUUCUUCUUCGCGGCAUCCUCCUCAGCCUUCUUUGCGGCCUUCGCCUUGCGGUUGCCCUCAUUCUUAGCGAACGCCCACUCGUUGCGGAGUGUGCGGUGAGCCUGGAACUCCCGCUCCUCUUCGGUAACCUUGCGGGGAGCCUCGUGGACAUAGGGAUCGGGGAGAAGAAUCUGUUGACGAGUGGUCUCGGCCGUUAGCUCGUCACCAGUAGAGUCGCCCUUCUUGGGCUUCUUGGCAUUACGGGGGAAGACAAUGAGACGGGCCUUGUAGGCCUUGAGGCGCUCAACGUUGAGAGCCUUGCCCUCCUCGCUCAGGUUUCGCCUCCGGUGGUCCACAACGAUACCAACGCUACGAGCGACCUUGCGCGACAAGCCAGCCUCCUUGAGCUCGGCGAGAGUGAAGCCGCGGCCCUCACGGAGUUUGCGGUUGUAACGGACAGUCUGUCCACGGACGGCGGGACGGAGGAGUUCAAAAGGGCGGACACCAAGGGCAGCAGCCUUGGUCUUGCGGGCCUGGCGACGGCGGAGUUUGCGGCCGGGCUGGUCGAACCAGGUGCGUACGCGCAGCUGCCAGUCCUUGCGGAAGUGGUUGUCGGGGAGAACGUUGUUGUGCGCGAAACCCAUUGUUUAAUCUGAACAGUGGAGAUUCGUCAGUAAAGCGAGGAUCACGGUGGGAGUACUGGAACUUGAGGAUGCCGCUACAUCCGACCUCCCAACAACCAAUCCACCAUCCUCCGCCGCUCAGGACUUCGCCAAAUCUGGCACUCUGACAGCUCUUGGACCAUAGCCACGCCCUGCAAAGUUUCGCGCUGCAACAUAAACGUACUGACC